AACAACAUCAAGCAUAGUAUUGUUUUUUAGCAAGAUGUUGGAUCUGAAAGAACUCUUCCUCCUUGGAAUUGCUCUUUCGUCGCUUGUCUCUAUCUGUCUUCGGUCCGCUUCCUUGUACGGGAAUGACAAGGUAGAAUAUACAGAUCAACCCAUUGGUCCCAUAGGUCAUGGUUCGUGUCUUUCAAAUAGCUCCAUUUACUGUCUAACUUUGCCUUAGUCAUUGGCAUACACCUCGGUCAGAGCUAUUCGCAAGUGGGUGUCUAUCAAGACUCCGGAUUUGAGAUUAUUACCGAUGAACAAGGCCGCAGUGACGUACCAUCAUAUGUCACAUUCUUGGACAACAAGGAACCUCUGAUGGGGUUCGAGGCAGAAGAAAAAGCUUUCAUUGAUACCUAUACCACUAUCUAUGAUACAAGGUAAGCAACAAAUGUCUACGGGUUCUUUAUGCGAAUUUGACAUUCCUAUCAAGACGUUUGAUUGGUCGAAACUUCUCGGCGCUCGAGGCCCAAGAAGCUGUCAAGGAGUUGCCAUAUACUGUGGUUGAUGAAAGUGAGCGGCCUUUGAUUAUGAUACCUAUGAGCGGUGAAAAACUGGCUAGAAAGCCGCAAGAGAUCUCAGCUUUGAUCCUAGCAAAACUAAAGGGCAUGGUAGAGGGACAUCUAAAUAAGACUGUUAAGAAUGCUAUUAUUACUGUUCCAUCCUAUUUCAAUCGCCAACAGAGACAAGCGACGGGAGAAGCGGCCGAACCUGCUGGGCUACAUGCAAUUCGCAUCAUUGACGAAUCAGUAUCUAUCGGCAUCGCUUAUAAGCUGGACUCUACGAUUUGCAAUAGGCCAAAUCGGUAUGACUGCAGGUUCCUUUUGUGCAAUGUUGGAGAGGAAGAAUCUGAACUCGCUCUUUUACACCAAGAGGAUGGCGUUUUCACUUAUUUGGGAACGAAGCGAGAUCGUGCUUUGAGGUGGAGUGACUCCAAAGGUACUUCUGCAGUUUCCGAACAGCUUGAGAUCGAUAAAUCGAGAAUUGGGGCUUCCGACUUAAUCAUACGGCUACUCGACGAUGCAAAGCUGGAUAACAAAGACGUCGACGGGGUCGUUGUCACUGGGGGGAAGAAUUCAGACAUUGUGCCAACACAAGAAGUUCUCAGGGCCAUUCUACCGGGGAAGAAAAUAAUACCUCCAUCUGGUUUCUCUCCAGAUCAAGCCAUCGUAUUCGGGGCAGCAUUUCAAGGUUAUAGGAUGUCAGAAUCUUCGCCUGGAAAUUACCCAAUGUUUCUGGACGUUAAUGAGUUGUCUCUUGGGUUUGAAUUGAGUACAGGAGCAUUCAUGCCAAUCAUUCCUAACGGAACUGUCUUUCCGGUCAGCAAAAAAGUAAUAGUAUCAGCCGCUACGAACAACCAAGAGAAAGUGGUUCUUCGCAUUUUUGAGGGCCAGCGUAAGAUUGCUGCCAAGAACCGGUUACUAGACACACUUGAACUUACAGGACUUCUCAAAUCAAGAUUGGAAAUUGAGCUACGUUUCAUGUUGGAUGAAAAUGAGGUUUUGGAAGUCUGGGUGAAAGGGGCCGAUGGUUUAGUGAGCGAGAAGUUAAUUGAGAUUGUUGUUAGCAAAGGGCGUAACUUAGAAGUGGAAAUUUUUGAUAUCCACAGAGAGGCAGAGAAACUUCACGAAGAGGACUUGCGGGAACUGACGGACUUUUCACCUAAGAUAGAAGAUGGUGUCAUUGUUCAGAACCCUCCACAAAAACCUGUCUCUUUUUGGAAGAAUAUUCGGGGAAAGAUAUUCUUGUAAACUAU